ACCUUGUGAGCAAACGGGGCUGUCCAUAGUCGUCAAUGUGGCUACCACCUCAGCCAGUGGACACUAACAAAAGAGGGGUGGCUUGCGUGUGCCUGUGUGUAUUGCACAUAACGAUCACCAGCGUGUGGCUAAUCAACUCCCUUCUCUCUUAUUAUUGCUAGGGACUUGCGGACUUCGUUGGGUUAUCGCCUGCCUUAUCAUGCCCUUGACGAUAGGACCCGCAAGUCCGCAAUGCAAAGCGCCACACCCAUUCCUGGACUCCUGGAGACUGCGAGGGUAACCGCAGUCCUCAGACUGCAACAGGCAGCGCGCGCCUGCCUAACAACGUGUGUGGGGCCCUUGUGGGGCCUUGGCUGGGCUACAUGGGGCCAUGCCCCAGCCAAGACUCCAAGGUACGAAGCCCCAAGGUUUUGCGGGGCGUUUAAGUCACGAGGUCGAUCCUGGGCCUUUGUUUGGCCGUUUGGAGAACUUUAGACCAAUUAUUAGCAUCAGUGGUUUCGAGCUUGGAGUCGGGCAUCUGACUCGGAAAUACAGCGCUAAGGAGGUCUUGUCCGUGGGUUGACUGCUCGGUUGACGCCGAUUUUGACGGCUCUAGCCUUCAUCUGGUUACUUUUUUAGGCAAGUGGUGAUUGUUUCAGGUCGAUUUGGAGUUGGAUGUCGCGAGAUCAGUUGUUGGAGCCAAUCAAGCCAAGACUAUGUGUUGCUAGAGAGGAAGAGCAUGAAGUUUGAC